GUGAAAUGUUAGAGAUUACAGCUUCACUCAGUACAUGGGGCAGCCAUUCCGAGGACAGCUUGAUUUAUUUUUUCUUCUCGAUAAAAUAAACCAAAAGAAAAUAGCACGAAUACCGUAAUAAAAAGAACAGAAAAGUGCGCGUAUCUGUUCUUAGUAUCUUGUGCCGAUUUUGAAAACACCGUUUUAUAAGACGGGUACAGUUUUGGAGGCUUUUUUUUCAGACCGCAAACGGAUGUGAGGCAGAGAAGGUGUUGCUCUGUAUCUCUCUUUACUACAGCCAUUCUUUUUAACUCUCAUACAGCUUUCUUAUUUUUUUCUACUGUGUGUACGAAAUCGCAAAUCCGAACAAGGGAGUAGAUUGAUGUUUUUACUGAAAUGGACGUGAGAUUUUAUCCUCCACCAACACAGCCUGCAUCAGCUACAGAGCCUCCCUGUCUGGGACCCUCUCAUUGCUUGGACCCGUACUAUUGCAAUAAGUUUGACGGUGAAAACAUGUACAUGAGCAUGACAGAGCCGAGCCAGGACUUUGUGCCAGCAAGCCAGUUCCGUGUGCCGGACAGUCCCACCCAGCCACAACAAAAUACGAAACAAACAGGACCCCAAUGGAAGCGAGAUGUGGCAUCUCAGUUGGACUACCCUCGACUACCCUGGUCUUAUCCUGUGCCCAGUCUUGGAGAUGAAGACUUCAAUAUUCCUCCAAUCACACCUCCUACUCUCCCUGAGCAUGCACUUGUUCAUAUGCCUGACACAGAGUCUGGAGGCUACCAUUCUCUAUGUCCACCAUUGUCCCAAAAUGGAUUAUUACCAUUCCAUCCUCAAAGCAUGGAUCUCCCAGCAAUAACUGUCUCCAAUAUGCUAAAUCAAGACGGAACUCUCCUUUCUAACUCUUUGUCUGUGAUGCAAGAGAUGGGCAACACAGAGUCAUCACGGUAUAAUGCUCAUCCUCCGAUGGAAGCCUUGAGACCAAGAGUCCAGUCAGUGAUGAUGCAGCAUGGUCAGCUGACAACUAUCAACCAGUCUCAACUUAGUGCACAACUUGGGCUAAACAUGGGAGGAAACAAUGUUCCUCACAGUUCUCCUUCUCCACCAGGAAGCAAGUCUGCCACACCUUCUCCUUCCAGCUCUGUUCAUGAAGACGAAGCUGACGAAACAUCAAAGAUAAAUGGAGCAGAGAAAAGACCAGCCACAGAUAUUGGAAAGAAACCCAAAACUCCAAAGAAGAAGAAAAAGAAAGACCCUAAUGAACCACAAAAGCCAGUUUCUGCCUAUGCGCUGUUUUUCCGUGACACUCAAGCAGCUAUCAAGGGGCAAAACCCAAAUGCCACUUUUGGUGAAGUUUCCAAAAUCGUUGCCUCAAUGUGGGAUGGCUUAGGCGAAGAGCAGAAGCAGUUAUACAAGAAGAAAACAGAAGCUGCCAAAAAAGAAUACCUUAAACAACUUGCAGCCUACAGAGCAAGUCUGGUUUCUAAGAGUUACACUGAACCUGUUGAUGUGAAAACAUCCCAGCCAUCACAGAUGAUGGCCACCAAACAGCAAGUUUUCCACGGGCCAUCACAAACACAUUCAGGGUUAUAUCUGGGACCUCCAUACCACCAGCAGUCAGGAAUGAAUCCCCAUCUGCCAGCCAUGCAUCCAAGCCUACCAAGGAGCAUUGCUCCGAAGCCUAACUCUCAGAUGCCAGUGACUGUUUCCAUAGGAAAUAUGACUGGGUCACCACCACCUCCACUUCAGAUUAGUCCCCCACUGCACCAGCAUCUCAGCCUCCAGCAACAUCAGUCUAUCACAAUGCAGCAGCAAUUAGGAAAUCACCAGCUACAGCUUCAUUCUCCAACCAUGCAGCAGGGAUUUUCUGUUCAGCCUGAAUUCCAGAACAUAAUGAACUCAACAUCUACAGCGGGCCAGGUUAUAUCUGCGUCAAUGGAUUAUGUUCAUUCAGGAUGCAGGAAUGCUCCAGCCCAGAGUGUCGAUUGGAACAAUGACUACUGCAAUAUCGGAAGUCUGCAAAGAGAUAAAGCUUUGUACCUCACUUGAAUGGGAACGAAUGCUCAAGGACUUUACAAGAAAGUCUUCAUAAAUUGGAUUCAGCAGGUCAAGGCAGUUCAGCAUCUCACUAGGAAAAAAGUUUCUAAGCACUUAACAUUUUGAAAUGUGUAUUUGAGCUUCUGAGGUUACCCACAAUGAAAACAAAACAAAAUAAAAAGUUUUGCUUCUGUCUUAAAAAAAAUUUUAAAAGAAAAAACUACAGUCUGUGUAUAAAUGGACACUCCUUUCUUCUUUUCUGAAGGAAUCUUGGACAGCUUGGCUUUUUUGUUGGUUUUUGCUGUGGAGUGCUGCGCUAGUGAACUGCCUUAGAAACUGUAGUGCAUCUGGGAGUGAAAUCCUAGAUUUCUGUUGGUCUUUAAAAAUGGUUGUUAAUAGGAAAUUACUAAAGACUCAAUGUAGCACUCAUAGCAGUCUGUAAAUAGAAUCUAUGUUACACUCUUUUAGAGUAUAAAAAGAAACUCUUUUUGGGAGGCUGGGGGGUGGGGGGUGGGGGGGGGGGGGUUCUACACUGUUAUUUGAAACUGGAUUCUUCCAGAAAAUUACAUUCUUAAAAAGCAUACAGAUUGGCAGAUGUUGAUAUUUUUUCUUAAUUUUUAAGGAAAUAAAAACUGGUAAAUAGGUCUAUAUUUUACAAACAACAUAAAAAUUAAUGCCAGACAAUUAAAAAAAAAAAAAAAUGAAAAACCCAAACCGCAGCAUGAGAUUUGAAACAGAGUGAAGCAAAACAAAAGAGAUAACAAAAAAGGUUUAUUUUUUAUUACAUAGAAAAUGUUUUUGUAUCACAUAUGGUGUAUUGAUUAGUAAAAGUCAUUUCAAUUCUUUGUGUAUAACAUAACACUGCCAAAUGCUUAUCUGGUGUUUAUUAGAUGCAGUGACAAAUUGGAGACAGCUAAAUUAUAUCCUUCACAUACAGCUGUGUAUUAUUAUUAUUAUUAUAAUUAUUAUUAUUAUUAUUAUUGUUUCUUCAUACUGUGUCAAUAUUUAAUCUUUUUUUUUUUUUUUUAAUGGAACCUGUUGCGCCUAUUUAUGAAAUAAUAAAUAUAGGUGUUUGUAAGUAACUAUGUUAGCAUUUAAGGUUGUUUCUGUUGAUUUCUGACAGAACGACUCCAAAAACUGUGUGAAUACUUUAUUCUCAUUUAGUUUCUAUUGUGUUUAAAAUAAAGCCAAACCUGCUUUUUUCAGACAUGAAAAUCUGUGAAUCAAUAUUAAUUUUUUGUUUUUUGCUUAUGAUUCAAAAUGGUUUCAAACGUACAUUCAACUGUGCGUGAGUGUGUGCGUGUCUAGGCUCUUUUUGUGAAUGUAUAGUAACAGAAGACCUGACCCGCAUAUUACCUCUUACGAGAACAGUUUUAGGAUUUAAAAAGAGCUGCCCUGAAUUGCGUAUAUUUUUCUUUCCAGAUUUUCUAAUAAUACGGAGAUAGACUUAGUCCCAAUUUAUUAUGCAUGGGUUCCUCGACAGCUUACUGACAUACUUGGACCUUUUACAGGUCAGCUCUCGAAAAAUUAAACCAAAAGCGCCCACAUUUGUCCAAUUGUUGAAGAUCCUGACCAUCACAUCAGCUUGCCAUGGGCCAUUUUGGUACAUAAUGAAAUCUUUCGAGUCUUUUUUGUCAGGUCCCCGUUUUGUACAAAGUGUCCGGAGUGACUCUCGUUUUUUGAACAUCAUUUUUAUGUCUUAUUGUCUCAGUUUGUGUUUUAAAUCUAGAAUUUAUAAACCCAAGUACCAAAUAACACUGUGCCAGCUCAGAGGAUUCAGAUGUAUCAUAUAGACCUUUGCUAACACUUGUAUAAUAACUCGCUUAACUUUUUAGUUCCAGAAGUAUCUCCCAAGAGACUUCCUCGUCAGAUGUUGGUAAAUAUUUAGCCCAGUGCUGUGCAGCUCACAAAAGAGGUCUAUCCAUUUGCUUGAAUGUUAUUUACAAUUAGUGUGUACAGGAUUUCCCUUCUACCCACUGGAAAACAAGACAGUAUGUACUUUUCUUGGAGGUGUUUAUUACUUGUGUAUAAAAAGAGAAAGAAUUAAUAUGGACACAAUCCUGGAAUUAUUUUUGUGUUGCUACUGAACAAAAGGAGCAAAAGGAACUCAACAAAAAGAACUUUUAAUUAAGUAACAAUGUUGUGCUACAUGAAAUAAAGUUGUUUUAUUGAUUA